AUGAGCGUUCAAGCGCAACUUGUUGGCGGGGAGUUUUGGGUCACUGACCCAGUGAGCGCACGACUGUGUUGGCAGUCGCUCAUGGGGUUCGGGAAAGGCAACUUGAGCCGUAGUCGACCUGUGUACGGGGAGCUAGUCCGGGGUGCGGUCGAUCACGUCCACUUGGGACGAGCGCUGCGCAGCCUGGUGCGUGCCGGGCACUUUGCAGCACGGACUGACAAGGAGGACGUGGAGCACCUGCACCUAGCUCCAUUCGAAGCAGCCUACCUCGCUUUUGACGAACAAUUUCUGACCGUGAAAGGUUUCGAGAACACCCAGUCACUCUGGACGUACUUCGUAUCCCUACCGAAAGAGCACUUGCGACAGUAUGCAGUUUAUCGAGCAUAUCGGCACGCAGGCUGGGCACCGCAUUCCGGAUGCAAGUAUGGCGCGGACUUUGUACUUUACCGGUUCCGAGCGUCAGAAGGUCGUCAUUCGCACGCACCGUACGCGGUUCUCGUUCGGAGUGCAAACGAGCGCAUCCAUCAGCGUUGGAUUGCCGUCCAGAAUCAGCUGAGGCUCACCAAACAAGUGGCUAAGCGCCUUGUCUACGUGGAGGUGUCCAUGAGCACAGCGAUGGAGCAUCUCCAGCAUCGCGAACGCUGGCUCCAGACCGUGUGUCUGCAUGAGGUUCUCGUCGAUCGCUGGACGCCAUCCAUUCGCACUCGUUCGAAAGAGGCAAAACAGCGUGCCGCGAAGUAG